UAACUUUCCAUCUUCAUCAUUUGCCUCGUUUUUGGUGAUCUUUGCUCAACUCCAAAAGUAUUAAAUCAAUGGCAAGAGCAAGUGGCUUUCUCUUGGCUUCAGUUCUUAUUUCUUGUUUAUUUGGUUCCAGUUAUGGGUUUAUUUUCUUCUCUUCCCUCAAAAACACUCUUGUUGUCACUGCGACUCCAUCUUCAAAACAAGUUCUGAAAGGUGGUGUUGACAAUAUCACCGUAACUUGGGGAGUUAACCAAAGUCUGCCAUCUGGAACCGACUCGGCCUUUAAGACCAUCGACGUUAAGUUAUGUUACGCUCCAGUAAGCCAAACAGACCGCGCGUGGCGAAAAACCGAGGACGAACUAGAGAAAGACAAGACUUGCCAGUUUAAGAUUGUUUCUAGGCCAUACAGCUCUGCUAACAAGAAGGAGAGUCUCACAUGGACUAUUGAGCGUGACGUGCCAAGUGCCACGUACUUCGUACGCGCCUAUGCUCACGACUCUCAUGGCCAUGAGGUAGCUUACGGGCAAAGCACAGAUACUCACAAGACUACCAACCUUUUUGAGGUUCAGGCAAUCACUGGACGCCAUGUGUCACUUGAUAUUGCAUCUGUUUGCUUCAGUGUUUUCUCUGUCGUGUCCUUGUUUGGGUUCUUCUAUAAUGAGAAGAGAAAGGCCAAGAAGACCCAAGCCAAGUGAAGACCUUUGAUAAUUACUGAUGGGUGACGGGUUGGCAUGUAUUUUUCUUUAUUAGGGUUUUCAUAUUUAGGGGACCUCAAGGAAAUGACAAAACUUAGCAGUUCAUGUAUGGGAUGGAUACCUGAAUGGGGGGGAUGCUCAAAUUUUAAUCUUUUCUUUUUGUUUAAGCGAAAGUCAAAGAAAGUUGCUUUUACUUUACUGGUGAUUGUGUAAAUGUUAAAUAAAGAUGAUGAUGUGUAAUCAUGGUCUUAUUAUAUAAGCAGAGAUUUUUAAAUGUUAAGGUCAAA